AGUGUUGGUAAAAGCAGCGCUUAGUGUUUCCCAGUUCCCACCAUUUUCCUAAUCCCAUUUCUCUUUUUCUCUUCUCUUGAAUUUUCUAGGGUUACCGUUGGAACCACUCGCCACGUACGUACGGAGGUCUCUCCUCUUCCUCCGCCAUGAACUCACGGCAAGCCUCUCCGUCGCCCUGCGACAUCUGCGGCGCCACCCAAACCCUAUCUUUGACCAUCCACAACAUCCGCUACCGCGCCCACACCUGCCGCUACUGCACCAACUGCGUCCUCAAGCAGCACCCUGGCCUCUUCUGCCCUCUCUGCUUCGAACUCCACGACGACUCUCCCCUCCCUCCCCACCACCGCCUUAUGUGCGUCCGCUGCCCCGCCGUCGCACACCGUUCCUGUGCGUUCCCCUCCACCAACGUCUCCGCUGCACCUGCGCCAGCACCACCGUUUUUCUGCCCUUCUUGUCUCGAUUCCAACUUCACCUACUUCAAACUCCCUGAUCGCAAGUCCGGAGCCGUCGACGUCCAGUCCGCCAAGGUGCUCGUUACUGCUGCCCGGAUCGCUGCCGUGUCCAUGAGCAAGGCGGCUGCCGCGGCGCGGUACGACGCGGAACGCCGCGCCAGGGAGGCCGCCGUGGCCAGGAAGAGAGCGAAGGACGCGCUGGAGCACCUCGCGGAGAUCCUCGCCAGGGAGCAGGCGGAGCAAGACGAGGAGGACAUUAAUGAGCAGAACGGCAUCGUUUCUGCUGGCCGAAGGCGUGGCGCGUAAUAGUGUACUUCUUCGAACAAUCCAUUGUUGCCAUUAAACCUUGCAAUAAAAUUUGGAAUGUGAAUUUGGUUGUUGUUGUUAUGAUGAUGAUGAUGAUGAUAUUGUGGAAUUUCUGUUCUGCUUUUGGUUGGUUGGUUGGUUGGCCGGGUGCUGAUUGUUGCAGGUUUUUGGUUAGGGCAAGUGAUUGCAUCGUUGCAUGCCAUGUUGUGAUACUUAUGAUGCACUUAUUAUCAUUUAAAAAGGUGAUUUAUGUGGUCGAUAAUUGGAUAUUGACCUUGUGUUGUAUGGAAUGGAUGUCGUUUCAUGGUUGAUCUAUGCGUUUGUCAAUUUAGUUCACCGGUAAUUGUGUGUCUGGUUACCUCCAACUCAGACCUGUUGCAGUUGGAGGUAAAAUUUUCAGCUCAGUUAUUCUUUGCCUUGAAUUCUUAUUGGAUAGAAGAGGAUAUCAUCUUUCUUGUACCUUGCCUCAAUUGAAUUUGGAAUUUGUGUGUUUUCCUUUUCCUCUUUUUUUGGUCAGUGGGGUUUGGUGUUAGUGCAUAAAUAAUAUAAGAGUUAAUGCAUGUUUGGUUUGCAGUUGGAAAAAUUUGCGGCAUGCAUUCCAAUGCAAAUCCAACGGAUAAAAGCAACAUGAAUGCAAGAGCAAGGAUCCUGAUCCGUUGGCAAAAUUUAUUUUGCCUCAAAUGUAAUUCUGCAAUGGAUUCCCAAACAUGCUCUUGAAGACUUAAUUUUAGUCUGGUUUAUGAUAAAAUCUGAUAUGUAAAUAAGAAAAGAAUGUUAGUUGGUUAGUUGGGCAGCUAUUAUCAUUUAGGAUUUUAUAACUGUAAACCAUUGGGUUGCUGCCAAUAAAUAGUGAACGGCUGAUGUAUUGUAGAUAGAGACUGAACUGAUAAUCAAGAAGUGCAGUGCACGGUUUCUCUGCUACCUGUUUCUUUUCUCUCUCUCCUCUCUGUUCUAGUAACUUCUAUCCUUAUGCCCUUACACAAGAUACAGAUAGCGAGCAGACAGCUAGAUUCUUAGUUAGAAAAUCCACCUUUCUUUAUUCUUCUCUCAUCCCCUCUUUCUUUCUUUCUCUCUCUCUGUUUCUUUCUCUUCCCCACCUGAAUUCUAUAUCAAAAUCAUUGGUUAAUGACCUUAUGUGAGAUUACUCAAUAAAUUAGUACAAGCUUCAGCCUUCUGAAAACUGAUAGUAAAUGAAUGGUUUAGUGCAAAUAUGCCCAACAUGUUAGGGGUGCUACUUUGGGAAUCAAGGCUGCUGAUAAAAAAGCAUAUAUUGUUCUGGCAGGCUGUAGGUUUUUUCCUUUUCCUCGUCAUUAUUACACUUUUAGUUUGGGAUAUGUACUAUUGUGUUGCUUUCAUGAGAUUUCAACAUUUAGCUUUUAGAUUCUUAUUCUGAAAUCUGAAAAUAAGUUAUUCAUGUAUGCUGCUCUUCCUUGAUAUCAAGUGGAAAGUUAACUGGGAAAAGCUCUUAGUCAAUGGCUUUUUCUAGUGUUUUUCAUUGAUAUGGGUACAAGUGCAGGUAUGCAAUGAAUUUUCUAAAGGAAUGGGUACGAGAGGAUAUUAUUAUAAGAAAUUUUAAAACAUAAAGUACUAACAUCAUAAUAUAAAUACCAUUCUCUUAUGUUCUUACUCAAAUAGCAAAAAAAUUUUAAGAAAAUACAAAUUGAAGGGAGUGAAACAGUAAUUUGUUUUGUUUAGUAAGGAACCAAACAACUAAGCAACAAAACUUGGUGUUAUGUAUGGACUAACUUGUACUCGAGGCAUAAGUGAGUAUUGGAUCGGGUAGCCUUGGUAACCAAUAAGUACUCGUACUGAAUAUGUACCUGGUGUGGGCACGGCAACUUUUAGGAGUACCCAUGCAUAAUAGCUUUUCUGUAUGAAGUUCAAUAUGUCUUGGCUCCUACUUCCAGUGCCUUGUGUAGAAUCACUUUAAAGAAAUGCAACAGGGUUCUUGACAUAAUAAGAUCAAUCCAAGUCAGUGGGAGUGAUCGAGUGAGAGUAUAAAUGCGUAACAUAUGUCUGGGCUUCAUUCAAAACAUGAGUGGAUGAACUGGGGAUAUUGCCUUUCGAAAGGCUAUGUGGAUGCCCGAUGGAUCGGAUUUGUUUACCACCAUAAUGUUGUUUUUUUUAUAUAGACGGGUUCAACCUUUCAGUUCAUUUUUUUAAUCUUCAAACUGUUGCAUUCCAUCAAUUUUCUCUUUUGAUACUAGUGCUUGUUAAUCCAUCUGCUUUCUUGUGGUUGUGGUAGACACUGGACAGUACUACCCAUAUCGUUAGGAUGUAUAAUAGAGUUGAAUAAGAACAGCUGCUAGUCAGUUAUUCCAUUAGUUUGUUGGGCUAGUUAGCUAGUUAGUUUGAUUAUAAAUAGGAGCAUUCUAUUAAAACGUUAAUCCUCCACAAGGUGACAAAACAAUAUGAUGAGUUAAUCAACAUAAAUAUUCACUCACUCAUAAGAUUUUUCUUUUUAAAACAUUUUCAAAAAUCAAAUGAUCAAGUGAUGAAAAGUGACACUGUAUGUUCACUCUAUUUAGUAGGAACCAAAAUGGGGCAUUCUUCCAUUUCAAGGUUAAUCUUCCUCUGCAUUAUUCUUCUUCUUGUUGCUAUUAACUUGUGUCUCUAAUGAGGUGGUGCUUCAUGCAAAGAAGCUUAUUAGAGACCUCAAUUUGUUCCCUGAUGAUGAUGUCAAUGCUGUUCCCAUUGCUAAUUCUUUGUUCCAAACUCGCAAGAUUGUCGAGAAGCGCCUUAGGUUCCUAAACCCACCCAAUACAAUUCACUAAGACAAAGAAAGCAUGAAUUCAUUCCCAUAUGGGGAAAUUUUGAUGAGUUAUAUGAAUUUGGGAUUCGACUAAUAUUGGAUCAUAUUCCUACCAUCCAUAGUUUAUCUGUCAUAAUUACAUGAUUUUUACUCCUUGUCAUAGAUAUUUUUCUCUUGAAGUGGGGAAUUUUCUUACUAUAGAUCAUACAACAGGGUGUGAUUUUGAAUAUGAUUAUAUUGGGAUUGUUUAUCAUUCCACAAUAUGCCCGGCAUUUACCAUAAAAGCAUAACAAAUAAUCCAUAAAGAACAGAAGCUAAAAUUUCAAAAAAUUCAAUAAGUUAUAUUUCAUUUCCGUUUAAGUUCUUUCUGUUGAAGUGGGAUAUUUUCUUAUUAUAGAUACUGGGUGUGAUUUUGAAUGUUAGUAUUAUAUUGGGAUUGCUUAUAAUUCAUCUAAGAGACCAACUAUUUAAAUUGUUAAUACUUAAAUUGAUUAGUGGUCUAUAAUAUAUAUUUUGCUUCAAUUUCUCUCCUUAAUCAGUUCAUGGAUAUUGCUAAUACUUAAUCUGCUCUUCCAGAUGAGAAAUUCACCAUGUAAACUAAUAAUAUCAUAUGUAAGAGAAACUUACAUCUCAGAAUGUAGAUACAUCAUAACCCUCGCCUUUUUUAUUUUCUUUCUUCAGUAAAAAGGCUUAACCUAUGCAUCAUUAGUCCCUUCUGCUUGAUUUAACCAUACAUUUCUAUGUCAGUGUCAUUUGUUACACCAUUAAGACUUUAAAGGGAAGUAAUAAUCUUUUUUUUUUCAUUACAAGUUGGUUUACACUUUUUAACCAUUUGCUUUAAAUUAAUUUACUUGUGCCUGCCAAUGAUGGAAGGUAUAUGCCUUAUACGGUUAUACCUAUGUCCUAUUCCACAGCUUCAACCUGAUAAAUUGUGUUCAAUGUUGGCAAAGUAAAGCAAGUGCAAGACAUUUAGGAAUUUCAGUUGUUGGAUGAUUAUGUUUAACAAGAAAACUUGCCUAUUUGCAAUACUUACAGCAACUUAUGCUACAAUGUGGUAGAGGAGAUCUGUAGAAAGGGAUAUGCAGUUGAUUGGGAUCUUUAGACACUGUCUCUCAGUCGACUGUCAUAUGUAUUAUAAUUCAACCAAACUGCACAGAAUCACGAACAAGGUUCUUCCUUUUAUCUUUUUUCUUGUUCCAAAUUUGUUGUUUGAAAAAAAUCAUUAUUGAAAAGAUAGGUACAACCGUACAAAUGCUGCAGCUGUAGGAUAAGAAAUCCUUGAGAAUUAUACCGUGAAAAAAAGGAAAAAGACAAUAAACUAAUAACAAGUCAAAUGCAGCAUAACACUUUGAUCUUUCUGAAGGUCUAAUAAAGAUACCCCUCUAACAAGACCAUUAGCAGAACACCACAAAGAAGCUACCUGAACUGCUUGAUCUUGAAUGGACUCAAGAGUCAACUGAUGACCGAUAAAGAUUCUAGCAUUUCUGUCUGACCAGAUAACUGCAAAUUGAGAACCACACAUAAACUGCUGGUAUUGAAUCCUCUAAAAUUAACACAUGGGCACUGCUGGAGAUUGUGUAAAUUGUUUCCAUGAUUCUUCUGUUAACACCUGAACAGGUACAGAUCUUUUUCAGUCUUUAAUCUCUGGAUGAGAUUACAAAGGAAGGCAUUUUCAGCUCUUCACUUUGUUGAGAUACCUGGACUUGGAUUCCUGGAUGGAUAUUUGGCCAGUGUGGUAUCUUUUAUAUCCUAAGAGUUGAAGAUGGCUGCUCUAGUGUCUGCUAUAGUGGUUUUGUAGGUCUGGAAGUGCCUCCUCCACAGGGUCUCUCUUGGGUUCUUUGGAGAUUUUUUCUUGGGAGCAUGUGAUUCGGAGUUUGACUAUGGCAAUCUGCCUAAAGGAUUUACUGAAGCUGCGUACUUGUGUCAUUACUAUGCUAAAUUAUGUAUAGAAAAUAAAAAGAUUCACAUCAGUUAAUAAUUGCAGCCCCUCGGAAUUCCUAUGCCAUUGGACCUCUUAAUUUCUUGAUUAACAAAGUAACAGUCGGUACUUGGCCCGACAUGGGGAUGCAAAAAGAAAAGGGCAAAUGCAGGAUAAGGCAAGGGAUUUAAAAAUA